AUGAAGCUUGGUUGGGUUGGCAAAGCCAAGAAUGUUAGCUUGGUUCUUGCAUGGGUCAAAGAAGAAAAGAUCAGUCACACGUCUCUUGUUUUGUUAUGCAACGAAGGGUUGAGGUUCAAGAACCCUAAGUUUUGGACUCUGAGUAUAUGGAAAAAAACAGGGAUAAUCUUCAAGCUUUCAGUUGGAGCAGCAGUACACAAUGAAGAAGUUAAUAAAGUGGUGGAAGAGAAGAAUAUAGUUGCCCUUUAUAGGGUUGAUACAUUGUAUGCUUCUAGUAGGGGCAUGGAUGUUGUGGGGGGAAAUGCAGGACUUGUGGCAUAA